CCCUUCUUUGUCAUCGCUCCGAUUCUCCUCAAUCUCAUGAUACUUGCUCCGUGCCAUUGAGUCGUCAUGGCCACUUCUACUUCUAAUCGGGCGAGCGCUCGGCUGGAACUGGCCAAUCCGGGGACCGUCAAGAUCAAUGUGAAGGGGGCUUUCAUUGUGGACGAUGAUCCGAGGUCCAAAAGUCCGGUGAGGACCGACGGGGUUUCUUAUGAAGGUCAUGACAUUCGGCUUCCGAAUCACAAGGAAAUUAGUCAUGUAGCUGUUGACAUCGGCGGCUCGUUAGCAAAGCUCGUUUACUUCACUCGGGAGAUCGACUCUGCCGACAAUGGCGGGCGACUCAACUUCAUCAACUUCGAAACCUCGCGCAUCGACCUCUGCAUCGACUUCAUCAAAGAAUUAAAGGCCGAACAUGAGAAGCUGAAGGGCUCGUCCGGGGCGGAGCUAUGUGUCAUGGCGACGGGAGGCGGGGCUUACCUGUACUAUGAUAAGCUCAAGGAGUCUCUCAACGUCGACAUCAUUCGGGAGGAUGAGAUGGAAUGUCUCAUUACUGGCCUGGACUUUUUUAUCACGGAGAUCCCCAACGAGGUGUUCACCUACAGCGAAACCGAACCCAUGCAAUUUGCCGAGGCCCGACCGGAUGUUUACCCGUACCUCUUAGUCAACAUCGGCUCCGGCGUGUCCAUGAUCAAAGUGUCCGGCCCCAAGCAGUUCCAACGUGUAGGGGGUACACAUUUGGGGGGUGGGACCUUCUGGGGUCUCAUGUCGCUGCUGACGGGGGCCCGCACUUUCGACGAUAUGCUCGCCAUGGCGGAUCGGGGUGACAACAGCGGGGUGGACAUGCUGGUGGGGGAUAUCUACGGCAUGGACUACAGCAAGAUCGGACUCAAGAACACGGCCAUUGCGAGCACCUUCGGCAAGGUAUUCCGCCUCAAGAAUCAAGCCGGUCAGCAGACAGCAGACGGGGCAGAGUCGUCGCCCGAGGAUGGGGAGCUUGAUUCAACGAAUGGCGAUCCGAAGUUCAAGCCCGAGGAUAUGAGCAGGAGUCUACUCUAUGCCAUCAGUAACAACAUCGGCCAGAUCGCCUACCUGCAGUCCGAGAAGCACCAGGUCAAGCACAUCUACUUCGGCGGCUCCUUCAUCCGCGGACACCGCCAGACCAUGAACACGCUCUCGUACGCCAUCAAGUUCUGGUCCAAGGGCGAGAAGCAAGCGUACUUCCUGCGUCAUGAGGGCUACAUCGGCUCCGUGGGGGCGUUCCUGCGGAGACAGCCUGCCAAUUGGGGACGCAGGAACAGCAUCGACGAGGCGUCCCUGCAGGAGCUCAAGGCGGCCUUGGAAGCCAAGCACCAAGCUACUAGUCAACCGAACGCAUCCUGAAUAGGAUGACCCUUCCGGACAAACAGCAUGCAUGCUGGACAAAGAUGUGUCCGGCCCCUCCCCUCCUGACCCCUUCCUCCUCCUCAUUUUGAGCGUUUUGAUACCCGUCGAUUGUCAUGACACACAUUGUACUACUGCAUUUUAUACUGUUUUUUAUAUUAUAAUGCUCCGUAUAAUCUCCGACCACCUGGAAAUGUUCGAUGACAUCCUCCAAACCAUGGAACAAGGCAUUAGACUCAGAUUGUGUUUGCUGCGUGCAUGUGGUUAGACUGUUAUGCACUUUUCUUUUUGGAUUUUUCUUGCCAGGCAUCCACUGCAUGUCAAGAGUUAUUAUUCCUUUUCGGGCGGUUUCUCCUCUCGGUCAUAUCUCUCGGCGUCGGCCAGUUGUCCUGUACCACUACAUAGAUCACAAGCGUACAUUGGGA